CCUUGGAUUCACUCUAUUCUCACCGCUCACUAUCACAAUGGAUUACAGAUGAGUAGCCAGAAACCUGAAGAGAAUACAUAGAAACCAGGAAAGCCUUCUUCUCUGCAUUGAUAUUCUCCAGUCAUUGACAUCAUCAUCUUCCCACUGCUGAGAUAUCUCUGUUGCUUCCUUAUUAACAGAAAUUGUUGAACUUAAUCAAGUUAUGAAACCAGUCGCGGAGUGAAGAAGAAAAACAGAAGCCGCCUCGGCUAAGUGAAACGAAGUAGACGGAAAAGGGGUGAGGUCGAAUUUUUUGGAGCUGUCUGGUCUCUACACUAGAGCGGCGGCCUCUCGAUUUCACACUCAAAAUAUCAGAGAGAACUAAUAUACCAGAGUUACAAAACCCAUUGGAGCUUGCUGCUGCUGCUACUGUCACAAAAGAGAAAAACUUCAGCCACCUGUUUUUCUUCAAUCGGUCUUUCAUCAUCAGAAAGCAGAAAUAACAUAUUGCAUGACGGUUCUGAAGUAAGCUGGAAUGAAUAAUAAUAUCAUGUGGAGACAACUCAGGAAAAUGUGUGAGAUUGCUGCUUUCUCUUCUGCUCUUUCUGCCCGUUCUCCCUUUCCAUAUAUCAACACUGCCAAUGGGAACUUCAGCUCGCUUGUAGCAACUACAAUGCAUAAUAAACCUCUUCUAUCCUUCCAUACCUUCACAAAUUUUUGCUCAUAUUCCACUUCUUCUGUCAAUGACGAUUUCAAUGCUUCAACAGUUGAAUCUGAUGACGAAAAUAACAAUAAUUUGGACAGUGUUAACAACUAUGUUGAAAUUGAAGAUGACAAAGAUGUAUCAGUCAUUUUAGAUGUUCUCGCUUCAUCAGGAGGCAAUCAAGAGAAAGCAAAAAGCUUGCUGGAUCAAUGUGGAUUAGCUUUAUCAUCACGGUUAGUUAUGAACGUCCUUUCUGGUGUUCGAAAUGACUGGGAAGCUGCAUUGACCUUCUUCCAUUGGGCUGGAAACCAAACAGGCUAUGAACAUUCUUGGCGUGAAUACCAUUCAAUGAUCUCCAUUCUCGGUAAGAUGAGAAAGUUCGAUAUCGCCUGGUCUUUGAUAAAGGAGAUGACGAAGAACGGGGAAUCUCUCGUUACUCAUCAGACGCUUGCGAUCAUGAUCAGGAGAUAUUGCGCAGCCCACGAGGUUAAAAAGGCUAUUGAUACGUUCUACGCUCACAAACUCUUCAAGCUUGAUUUCGGAAUGGAAGAAUUCCAACAUCUUAUAUUCGCCCUUUGCCGCUACAAAAAUGUGAAGGCUGCCGAGAGUCUUUUGCUCGAAAACCAAAACAUUUACCCGUUUAAUACGAAGAGCUUCAAUAUCGUUCUAAACGGAUGGUGCAAUACCUUCUGUAGCCCACGAGAGGCGAGGAAUAUUUGGAGAGAGAUGUCUGAACGAGGAAUUAAACACGACGUUGUGUCGUAUUCUUGUAUGAUAUCUUGUUACUCUAAAUCGGGUAAAACCCACCAUAUGAUCAUCAAGCUUUUCAACCAAAUGAAAGCAUUGGGGAUCAAACCGGAUAGGAAAGUGUACAAUAUAGUCAUACACGCUUUAACUAAAUCCCGUCUUGUUAACGAAGCUCGAGAAAUCAUGAAGGAAAUGGAACAAAACGGUGUUAAUCCAAAUUCCAUCACGUAUAACUCGCUUAUUCAACCUCUAUGCAAAUCCCACCAAUUGAGCGAAGUUCGAGGGGCUUUCAGCGAGAUGUUGGAACGCGGUUUGUUGCCCACAAUCUCUACUUACCACGCUUUGUUCGAGGUAUUGAGGACUGGCGAAGAGACUUUUUCGUUUCUGGAGAAGAUGCGUGAAACAGGUUGUCCUCCGAAUAAUGAUACGUAUGUCAUGCUUAUUCGUAAGUUUUGUCGUUGGCGAGAUUUCGAUACUGUUUUUAAGCUGUGGAAUGAUCUGAAUAAGUGUGGGGGACGCGAUAGGAGUGCUUAUGUUGCGUUGAUUCACGGGCUUUUUUUGAAUGGGAAGUUGGAGGAAGCGAAUAAAUACAAUUGUGAGAUGAAGGAGAAACAUUUUUUACCUGAACCGAAGCUAGAUGAGAGGUUACAGAUUUGGGCGUCUGGCAGAAAUGUUAUAAAUUUGAAGAAUAGUUGCAUCGAUUCAAGUCCGUCAGCAGACAAAUCCGGAAAGAUUGUUGAAGGAAGAAGGCGUUAUAUCGAAGAAACAGAUAUUAGAAGAGUUGUCAUUGAUCGGGGAUUCUCUUUGUUAGCGCAAUAGCGGUCCGUGCAUCUCAUUUGUUGGUGUGUUAUUAUUUCUAUGUUUUAACUAUCUAAAUCAAUUUGUUCAAUCAUACAUUAGGAAGAACAGUGAAGUGAAGCCCAUGAUUAGAAUGAAUAGAAUCUUAGUCUAGUUUCAUUAAUGUGUCUUUUUGGCUGUUGUAUGUAAAAAGAAAUAACAAAUAGGUUACAUGAUGAAACUCAUAGUGGAGCUAUUAUGGGGGUGCUUUGCAAUUCUAAUUUCCAACUAUCAUUUGGAGAUCAAGUAGAAAAGGAUGAACAAUUAUUUUGGAAUGAUAAAUAAAGGUAUAUUUUUUUAUUG